UCUUGUUUGUUCCACAAUAAAACAUAUUUUGCAUGUUGUGUACAUCAAAUGAUACAAACCCCCCAAAAAUCCAUUUUAAUUCCAGGUUGUAAGGCAACAAAAUAUAAAAAAUACCUUCGCAAGCAACUGCACAUUAGAUAAAGUACUAGAUAGAGUAAAUAUAGUACUAUAUACAGUAGAUCUAGUACUAGAAACAUAUGAAGUACUAUUAGUAGUAGUACUGUAUAUGUGUGUUGAUUGUGUUGUGGUCUUUAGGGCCCUGAUGAAGAGUUGUCGCUGUGUGGAGUUAGACUGUUGGGACGGGGCCCAUGGAGAACCAAUCAUCUACCAUGGCCACACCCUCACCUCCAAGGUCCUGUUUAAAGACGUCAUCAAGGCCAUCAAGGAGUAUGCCUUCAAGACAUCAGAGUACCCAGUGAUCCUGUCCCUGGAGAACCACUGUACACUGGAGCAGCAGAAACUGAUGGCCAAGCACAUGAUCUCCAUCCUGGGCAGCGCCCUGCUCACCUCCCCCCUGGAGGACCAGAUGCCCACUGCCUUCCCCUCACCCCAGGAGUUGAAGGGUCGGUUCAUCAUCAAGGGGAAACGUCUGAACAAGCUGGAUGCCGUCUUCAGCAAUACUAGUCCUGGAGUAGAGGAAGACUGUGUCUCCGAGGAGGACGAGGCUGCAGAGACCAUCAACUCCAAGACAGACACCAACGGACAGAAGGCCAAAGACAAGAAGUCAAAGAUCAAGCUAGCCAAGCAGCUGUCUGACCUGGUGAUCUACUGUAAGAGUGUCCACUUCUCAGGGUUUGAGCACGCUAAAGACAACCAGGCCUUCUAUGAGAUGUCCUCCUUUAAAGAGAGCAAGGCUGUUAACCUGGCUGAGACAGCAGGGAAUGCCUUUAUCCACCACAACAUGACCAAGCUGAGCCGUAUCUACCCAGCUGGCUCCAGAACAGACUCCUCCAACUACAACCCAGUUCCCCUGUGGAACGCAGGCUGUCAGAUAGUUGCGCUGAACUUCCAGACUCCCUCUAAGGAGAUGGACCUGAACCAGGGCCGGUUCCAGUCCAACGGGGUGAGUGGAUACGUCCUGAAGCCUGGCUUCCAGAGAUACCCUGGGACAGAGUUUGACCCAAUGACCCUCACCAAGGGACCCUGGCUCAAACGCAAGACCUUCCACAUCAUGGUGAUCUCAGCCCAGCAGCUGCCCAAGUUAAACAAGGACAAGUGUAAAUCCAUCGUGGACCCGCUGGUUAAAGUGGAGAUCUACGGUGUUCCAGCUGACACCUGCAGCAAGGAGACACGCUCCAUCGAGAACAAUGGUUUUAACCCCAUGUGGAAUGAGACGUUCCAGUUUGACAUCCAGGUACCAGAGCUUGCCCUGGUCCGCUUCCUGGUUGAAGACUAUGACUCCACCUCACAGAAUGACCUAAUUGGACAGUACUGCCUGCCACUCACCAGUCUACAGAACGGUUACCGCCACGUCCCUCUUCUCACCAAGCAUGGUGAUGUCAUCCCCUCAGCCGGCUUGUUUGUUCACCUCAUGCUGCUGGAUGCCAAAUAGACCCCGUCCACUUCACACGGACCCCACCAACAUCAAACUAACCCCUCCCACAUACUACUGACUCCUCCCACAUAACACAGACCCCUCCCACACCACUAAGGACUCAUCUGACAUUGUAAUGUCUCUUCUCACACCAAAAGGACUACUCCCACAUCAAACUAACUCCUCCCACAUCACACGGACCCCUGAAAACGGGUGUUUUUGCAUCCAUGCGGUAGGUGGGUCUGACAUGCUAAGUUGCUUUUUUGUACGUGAAUGAUAUAAGCAAGUAAAGGAUCCUUUUGAAAGUAGGUAGUAUGUCCCUAGUCCUAUAGAGAGUAGUUAGUAUGUUGCUGGCCCAAUAGAGGGUAGUUAUUAUGUUAGGGGUCCUAUAGAGGGUAGUUAGUAUGUUGCUGGUCCUAUAGAGAGUAGUUAGUAUGUUGCUGGUCCUAUAGAGGGUUGUUAGUAUGUUGCUGGUCCUAUAGAGAGUAGUUAGUAUGUUGCUGGCCCAAUAGAGGGUAGUUAUUAUGUUAGGGGUCCUAUAGAGGGUAGUUAGUAUGUUGCUGGUCCUAUAGAGAGUAGUUAGUAUGUUGCUGGUCCUAUAGAGAGUAGUUAGUAUGUUGCUGGUCCUAUAGAGAGUAGUUAGUAUGUUGCUGGCCCAAUAGAGGGUAGUUAUUAUGUUAGGGGUCCUAUAGAGGGUAGUUAGUAUGUUGCUGGUCCUAUAGAGUGUAGUUAGUAUGUUGCUGGUCCUAUAGAGAGUAGUUAGUAUGUUGCUGGUCCUAUAGAGAGUAUUUAGUAUGUUGCUGGUCCUAUAGAGGGUAGUUAGUAUGUUGCUGGUCCUAUAGAGGGUAGUUAGUAUGUUGCUGGUCCUAUAGAGGUUGUUAGCAUGUUGCUGGUCCUAUAGAGUGUAGUUAGUAUGUUGCUGGUCCUAUAGAGGUUGUUAGCAUGUUGCUGGUCCUAUAGAGGGUAGUUAGUAUGUUGCUGGUCCUAUAGAGGUUGUUAGCAUGUUGCUGGUCCUAUAGAGUGUAGUUAGUAUGUUGCUGGUCCUAUAGAGGUUGUUAGCAUGUUGCUGGUCCUAUAGAGUGUAGUUAGUAUGUUGCUGGUCCUAUAGAGGGUAGUUAGUAUGUUGCUGGUCCUAUAGAGGGUAGUUAGUAUGUUGCUGGUUCUAUAGAGGUUGUUAGCAUGUUGCUGGUCCUAUAGAGUGUAGUUAGUAUGUUGCUGGUCCUAUAGAGGUUGUUAGCAUGUUGCUGGUCCUAUAGAGGGUAGUUAGUAUGUUGCUGGUCCUAUAGAGGUUGUUAGCAUGUUGCUGGUCCUAUAGAGUGUAGUUAGUAUGUUGCUGGUCCUAUAGAGGUUGUUAGCAUGUUGCUGGUCCUAUAGAGGGUAGUUAGUAUGUUGCUGGUCCUAUAGAGUGUAGUUAGUAUGUUGCUGGUCCUAUAGAGGUUGUUAGCAUGUUGCUGGUCCUAUAGAGUGUAGUUAGUAUGUUGCUGGUCCUAUAGAGGUUGUUAGCAUGUUGCUGGUCCUAUAGAGUGUAGUUAGUAUGUUGCUGGUCCUAUAGAGGGUAGUUAGCAUGUUGCUGGUCCUAUAGAGUGUAGUUAGUAUGUUGCUGGUCCUAUAGAGGGUAGUUAGUAUGUUGCUGGUCCUAUAGAGUGUAGUUAGUAUGUUGCUGGUCCUAUAGAGGGUAGUUAGCAUGUUGCUGGUCCUAUAGAGUGUAGUUAGUAUGUUGCUGGUCCUAUAGAGGGUAGUUAGUAUGUUGCUGGUCCUAUAGAGUGUAGUUAGUAUGUUGCUGGUCCUAUAGAGGGUAGUUAUUAUGUUAGGGGUCCUAUAGAGGGUAGUUAGUAUGUUGCUGGUCCUAUAGAGUGUAGUUAGUAUGUUGCUGGUCCUAUAGAGGGUAGUUAGCAUGUUGCUGGUCCUAUAGAGUGUAGUUAGUAUGUUGCUGGUCCUAUAGAGGGUAGUUAGUAUGUUGCUGGUCCUAUAGAGUGUAGUUAGUAUGUUGCUGGUCCUAUAGAGGGUAGUUAGCAUGUUGCUGGUCCUAUAGAGUGUAGUUAGUAUGUUGCUGGUCCUAUAGAGGGUAGUUAGUAUGUUGCUGGUCCUAUAGAGGUUGUUAGUAUGUUGCUGGUCCUAUAGAGGGUAGUUAGUAUGUUGCUGGUCCUAUAGAGGGUAGUUAGUAUGUUGCUGGUCCUAUAGAGUGUAGUUAGUAUGUUGCUGGUCCUAUAGAGUGUAGUUAGUAUGUUGCUGGUCCUAUAGAGGGUAGUUAGCAUGUUGCUGGUCCUAUAGAGUGUAGUUAGUAUGUUGCUGGUCCUAUAGAGGGUAGUUAGUAUGUUGCUGGUCCUAUAGAGGGUAGUUAGCAUGUUGCUGGUCCUAUAGAGUGUAGUUAGUAUGUUGCUGGUCCUAUAGAGUGUAGUUAGCAUGUUGCUGGUCCUAUAGAGGGUAGUUAGUAUGUUGCUGGUCCUAUAGAGGUUGUUAGCAUGUUGCUGGUCCUAUAGAGGGUAGUUAGUAUGUUGCUGGUCCUAUAGAGGUUGUUAGUAUGUUGCUGGUCCUAUAGAGUGUAGUUAGUAUGUUGCUGGUCCUAUAGAGUGUAGUUAGCAUGUUGCUGGUCCUAUAGAGUGUAGUUAGCAUGUUGCUGGUCCUAUAGAGUGUAGUUAGCAUGUUGCUGGUCCUAUAGAGUGUAGUUAGUAUGUUGCUGGUCCUAUAGAGGGUAGUUAUUAUGUUAGGGGUCCUAUAGAGGGUAGUUAGUAUGUUGCUGGUCCUAUAGAGUGUAGUUAGUAUGUUGCUGGUCCUAUAGAGGGUAGUUAGCAUGUUGCUGGUCCUAUAGAGUGUAGUUAGUAUGUUGCUGGUCCUAUAGAGGGUAGUUAGUAUGUUGCUGGUCCUAUAGAGUGUAGUUAGUAUGUUGCUGGUCCUAUAGAGGGUAGUUAUUAUGUUAGGGGUCCUAUAGAGGGUAGUUAGUAUGUUGCUGGUCCUAUAGAGUGUAGUUAGUAUGUUGCUGGUCCUAUAGAGGGUAGUUAGCAUGUUGCUGGUCCUAUAGAGUGUAGUUAGUAUGUUGCUGGUCCUAUAGAGGGUAGUUAGUAUGUUGCUGGUCCUAUAGAGUGUAGUUAGUAUGUUGCUGGUCCUAUAGAGGGUAGUUAGCAUGUUGCUGGUCCUAUAGAGUGUAGUUAGUAUGUUGCUGGUCCUAUAGAGGGUAGUUAGUAUGUUGCUGGUCCUAUAGAGGUUGUUAGUAUGUUGCUGGUCCUAUAGAGGGUAGUUAGUAUGUUGCUGGUCCUAUAGAGGUUGUUAGCAUGUUGCUGGUCCUAUAGAGGUUGUUAGUAUGUUGCUGGUCCUAUAGAGGGUAGUUAGUAUGUUGCUGGUCCUAUAGAGGUUGUUAGCAUGUUGCUGGUCCUAUAGAGGGUUGUUAGCAUGUUGCUGGUCCUAUAGAGGUUGUUAGCAUGUUGCUGGUCCUAUAGAGGGUAGUUAGUAUGUUGCUGGUCCUAUAGAGGUUGUUAGCAUGUUGCUGGUCCUAUAGAGGGUAGUUAUCAUUCCUCCAGUCAUGCGUUGAGGUGAUUUAGAGAGCUAUAGAAGUAUUACUGACGUUUACUGGUGCAUUUUAAUCAGAGACUAAAGGGAAUCAGGUAGAUAAAACUAUCUAUGGAUUGUAAAAAAAAAAAAAAAAGCAUACUUGAUGCUUUAAAAAAAAAUAUGACAAAAACAUUCUUAAAGUUUAUCUGUUGUUUAUUUUAGAGGACAGAAGGUUUUGCUUCCUAACUGUUACCAUGACACAAUAUCACUGUUUCAUUCUGCUGUUAUCACAUGUUACUUUAACCCUCCUUGUCUCUUCAAACAACGAAAACAUUAUGGUUCAAUUCAACUGACCACAACACUUUCACCCAAUUGUCCUCUGAAUCAUUCAGAUGUUCAUUGGCAAACUUCAGACAGGCAUGAUGUAUAUGUGCUUUCCUGAGCAGGGGGACCUUGCUGGCGCUGCAGGAUUUCAGUCCUUCAUGGCGUAGUGUUACCAAUUAUUUUCUUGGUGACUUGAGAUCAUUGACAAGAUCCUCCCGUGUAGUUCUGGGCUGAUUCCUCACCGUUCUCAUGAUUAUUGCAACUCCACGAGGUGAGAUCUUGCAUGGAGCCCCAGGCCGGAGGGAGAUUGACAGUUCUUUUGUCACCUUCUCACCAAGCUGCUUGGCGAUGGUCUUGUAGCCCAUUCCAGCCUUGUGUAGGUCUACAAUCUUGUUCCGGACAUCCUUGGAGAGCUCUUUGGUCUUGGCCAUGGUGGAGAGUUUGGAAUCUGAUUGAUUGAUUGCUUCUGUGGACAGGUGUCUUUUAUACAGGUAACAAACUGAGAUUAGGGGCACUCCCUUUAAGAGUGUUCUCCUAAUCUCAGCUCAUUCCCCGUAUAAAAGACACCUGGGAGACAGAAAUCUUUCUGAUUGAGAGGGGGUCAAAUACUUAUUUCCCUCAUUAAAAUACAAAUCAAUUGAUAACAUUUUUUGACAUGUGUUUUACUGGAUUUUUUUGUUGUUAUUCUCACUGAUCAAAUAAACCUACCAUUAAAAUGA